CAUUCAUCUCCAGCUGUCCCUCCAUCACAGCUGUCUCAGUUUCCAAGCCAUACCAUUCAGCAAAGACCCCGGUGUUGAAGCACGGGAGCCCCUGCAGAGCCUGGCCCUCACUGUGCUUCUGGAUUGUACUUUAACAGCUGAUUCGAUCCCCCUGCACUGUGAGCCCGACGCUUCCUGGCUAUUUAUGGCAGAUGCCCGUGUAUUGAGGCCGCUGUCUUCAGCCCAUACAUGGUUGCUGUGGGAUGAGGUUACCACGCCGAUUUUGGCCCGCACUCUUCAAACCCCUUGGAAGCAGUGUUGUUUCACGUCUCACCGUCAGUCCAAGUAUCAGACCAGGAUCACAAACCUGGUUUACAACAGAGCUGGUGGGAAAGCACCCGGCUAUAUUUGUCAGCUGCUGAGAUUGGACCCGCUUCAUGGUGGAUGACUUUGGAUCCUCUGGUUCGGUUUACCUGCUCACACCUCCGCCUCCCGCCUCCUCAGCACCUGCUCUGCUCUCAAUAAGGAACUAGUGAGACCCUCUGUUUGGUGGUUUCAAACCCCCGAAUUCAACUGCCUGGAUAAUUGGAAUUUCUCUCGGUCCUUUAGUAUUGGAGCUAAAGCAUUAAUUAGGAUCCACAGCUCGUCCCAAGCUGUGCAGCUCAGCCUCUUUGCCAACAGAGGCCUUAAGUUUUCAGAGUGACUUCUCCUUGGAGGAAAAGACCGCCCUGGUCAAGAGCGUUUCAGAUACAGAUGCCAAACUUCUGUUUGUCCUCCCCAAGGUUUCAGAGUUGAAGAAAUACUUUGAGGGACCUGUCCCAGAAGAUUUGGGAAUGAACAGGAAGGAGAGGAUAGCUCGGCGUCUGGAGGGGAUGGAGAGCGAUGCUCCGCCUGCGCUGGUGCCCGGUGGUUUGGUAGCCAACAGGAUGCUGGGGGAGGACUCCCCGCGGUACACCCGUGCCUCAGACCCCUGUGAGCCUUGUGUGAUGGUGAGACGCUACAGUCGAGAAGAGCUGGAGGCGCCCCAGAAGCAGCUUUCAUCUCAGGACAGAUCCCCUCAGAUCAAAGGCGGUGUUGGCAGCAGCCGCCCCGACCCCAUGUUGGUGUACGUUGACCCAGUGUCGCUAUCCACCUCUUCUACACCCACAUCUGGACCCGCUGACCCCUCCAGUCUCAGCUCCAAGGCUGAACGCAUCGCCCGCUACAAAGCCGAGCGCCGCCGGCAGCUUUCAGAGCGGUAUGGCAUUCUCCUGGAUCAGGAGGCGGACGUCGACUUCACACCUCGCCACCGGUCCCGCCGUGAUACGGACACCCCUGACCGACAAACAGCUGCAAGGCGAGAAAGAGACAGACAGGAAGCUGAGGAACAAGGACGAGAUCCCAGGGUGCCAUACCGCUCCGGAGUGGGUAGGGUUUACAUGAGGAAUCAGCCGGACCCCGCCCCUGUUUCCAGCCCCAGCCCCGCCCACUCAAACCAAGCCCCUCCCAAGACACAGGAAAGGCAGCGGAGGUUUUCUGAUCGGGAAAGGGCGAUGAACAUGGAGAACUACCGACGUGGUGGGGCUCAAGAGCGCUCAAUCGCUCCUUUAACGAGAACCCAGGAGCAGCCUCAUCCCCAGCACCAGCAGGACCCCGCCCACCAGGAGCCAAGCCCCGCCUCCAGCCGGGAUUACAGCAUCGCGGCGGUGCCCAGCUCCGCUCGCACCGCCCGCCGGGCCUCGCUGCCCUCCAACCGCUACGGCAUCUCACCUGGGGAUUUAUUCAUAGAGCAGCAGGCCCAGAGCAUCCUCAACAGGCAGGGAAUCCGCGUAAGGGAACGCUUGUCCAGGGAUGAAACAGUCCAGAAGCCCCCUGACUGGAGUCCAGACAGACACCAGGGUAACAGACACCAUACUCAGGGGAACACUGCUCAGUAUACGCCACAACGAUCAGAACUCCCCCAGCAAAGGACUGCUCCCCAUCCUCAGCCCAGCCCAGGCCAAACAGCCCAUCCUGAGUACCAACAUUCUGGUCCUGCUGUUGACUCUCAGCCUUAUUUGGCCAUCCCUGCCCCAGUGGCCACUGCCAAACUUCCUGGACCCCCCGAGGUACUACCACGAAGAAGAGUGAGUGCUGACCAAAUCCAUGCCGCCCAUAGGGGGGCAAGAAUGGAGGCCAGGCAGGCACUGAAGGAAGAGGCCCACACAGAGGGUCUGCUGAAGAGCAGGAAAGCCGUUUUGCCAUCUGAGAUCCGCCGAAGGGAAAAGAGUGUGGAUGAUACUCAAAGUGGCCCGCAUGAAGAGAUGGACUGGCAAACAUACAGCCCAGAACAGAGGAGGAUGAGUCGAGGCGAGGAAGACUGGGACCAUGAGACACCAAGGGAGAGGGGGAGGGAGAGAAAUGUUGAGAGGAUCAGAGAGAGAGGGAGUGAUGAUGGCCAACAGGAGAGAUUGUUUCGAUCCCAGCCUCCCCACAUUUCUGCAAGCCAGCAGCCCAGGCAGCAUCAGUCCACAGAGCCUGUGUACCAUCAAGAGCCCCAAUUUCAGCAGCAAGAACCCCCAACACAACCACUGUAUGAACCUAGAAAGAGAAAACCUGUGGCUCAAGUUCAACAGCAAGAGCCCCAACUUCAGCAGCAAGAACCCCCAACACAACCACUGUAUGAACCUAGAAAGAGAAAACCUGUGGCUCAAGUUCAACAGCAAGAGCCCCAACUUCAGCAGCAAGAACCCCCAACACAACCACUGUAUGAACCUAGAAAGAGAAAACCUGUGGCUCAAGUUCAACAGCAAGAGCCCCAACUUCAGCAGCAAGAACCCCCAACACAACCACUGUAUGAACCUAGAAAGAGACAGCCUUUGGCUCAAGUUCAACAGCAAGAGCCCCAACUUCAGCAGCAAGAACCCCCAACACAACCACUGUAUGAACCUAGAAAGAGAAAACCUGUGGCUCAAGUUCAACAGCAAGAGCCCCAACUUCAGCAGCAAGAACCCCCAACACAACCCCAGUAUGAACCUAGAAAGAGACAGCCUUUGGCUCAAGUUCAACAGCAAGAGCCCCAAGUUCAGCAGCAAGAACCCCCAACACAACCACUGUAUGAACCUAGAAAGAGACAGCCUUUGGCUCAAGUUCAACAGCAAGAGCCCCAACUUCAGCAGCAAGAACCCCCAACACAACCACAGUAUGAACCUAGAAAGAGACAGCCUUUGGCUCAAGUUCAACAGCAAGAGCCCCAACUUCAGCAGCAAGAACCCCCAACACAACCCCAGUAUGAACCUAGAAAGAGACAGCCUUUGGCUCAAGUUCAACAGCAAGAGCCCCAACUUCAGCAGCAAGAACCCCCAACACAACCCCAGUAUGAACCUAGAAAGAGACAGCCUUUGGCUCAAGUUCAACAGCAAGAGCCCCAACUUCAGCAGCAAGAACCCCCAACACAACCACUGUAUGAACCUAGAAAGAGACAGCCUUUGGCUCAAGUUCAACAGCAAGAGCCCCAACUUCAGCAGCAAGAACCCCCAACACAACCCCAGUUUGAAACCAGAAAGAGAGAACCUGAUCCUCAAAUGCAGCAUCAGUACGACCACUUGAGACAGCCACAAGAUCCUCAAGUUCAGCAUCAGUACGAACGUUUGAGACAACCACAAGACCCUCAAAUGCAGCAUCAGGACGAUCGUUUGAGACAACCACAAGAUCCUCAAAUGCAGCUUCAGGAUGAUUGUUUGAGACAGCAACAAGAUCCUCAAGUUCAGCAUCAGUACGAACGUUUGAGACAACCACAAGAUCCUCAAGUUCAGCAUCAGUACGAACGUAUGAGACAACCACAAGAUCCUCAAGUUCAGCAUCAAUACGAACGUUUGAGACAACCACAAGAUCCUCAAGUUCAGCAUCAGUACGAACGUUUGAGACAACCACAAGAUCCUCAAAUGCAGCUUCAGGAUGAUCGUUUGAGACAGCAACAAGAUCCUCAAGUUCAGCAUCAGUACGAACGUUUGAGACAACCACAAGAUCCUCAAAUGCAGCAUCGGGAUGACCACCCGAGGCGGUCACAAGAUCCUCAAAGACAACAGCCGCUUCAAAGAAAACCAGAUUCUGAGCUUCAGAGAAAAGAUCCUCCAAAUCCGCAGCAAGACUCUCGCAGAAAUGAACAAGAGCCCAAACUAGACAAAGACGUUGAGCCUCAGAGGCAGCAGCAGCAGCUAGAUCUUCCAGGGAACCAGAGGUUUGACUCAGCCAUCUACGUCCAGCAGGGCUCCUCGUUGCCUCAGGCCAAACACAGAAGCGUGGAGAUGAGCGGAGGGCCCAAACCAAAGACACGAACCCGCUCCAUGUCAGAUAUAGGUAUAAGUCAGCAUUCUAACACGUACCGCAUGGAGAGGGCAGCGGCCAGUCGAGAAGCUUUGAGGGCCGUCCCUCCACCGGUGAUGGCUAACGGGGAGAUGGGCAGCCUGGACACCAGAGUGUCGGUAGCACAGCUGCGACACUCCUACCUGGAGAACGCCAACCGGAAACCUGAGUUCGAGACUACUAAAGUCGAUCUGUCAGCAGUGGAGGUAGAGCCGGUUAUCAGCGCUGAUCGGGAAAGGGGUGCUCGGAAACCUCGUCGCUACAUCACUCCAGGAGACAGUCGCAUGUCGGAGAGGUUUAGGACGCAGCCCAUUACCUCUGCAGAGCGGCUGGAGUCAGAUAGGUCCCGUCUCAGCCCUUCACAGCUACAAGAUGCAGAAGCUGGAGAAACUCUGGAUGACAGAGCCAAGAUGAGUGUGGCUGCCAAGAGAUCCCUCUUCAGGGAGCUGGAAAGGACAUCAGAUGUUCCCAAACCGCGCUCCAGAAACGCUGCCGUAGAGCGCCGCCUGAGGAGGGUUCAGGAUCGGUCGCACACACAACCCGUCACCGACAAGGAGGUGGUCAAUGCUUCAAGUGAUCCUGCCACAUCGUCACAACCUCUGAGCCCCCACACUAACGCCGCUCGCGUCCCCAGCCCCACUGCAGUCAGCACCAAUGUGACCAGCAUCAGCAUCAAGGCCUCCUCCCAGCCCGGCUCAGCGGUCCAGGAUCAGGGUCCAGAGCCCAAAGAGCCCCAGGAGAACCAGAAACCAACUCCAGCUCCCGGUGCCGGGGGGGAGGGCGAUGGCCACGAGUUUUUCUCUAACGAGCCGGACCUGUCCACCCUCACCUUGGCAGAGAAGAUGGCCCUCUUCAAUCGCCUCGCUCAUCAAACAGCAAAGAGCCCUGAGGCCCGAGGGGACACCCGCCAGCGCAGGGCCAACGCCCGCUUUCAGACUCAACCCAUCACCCAGGGAGAAGUGGAGCAGGAAGCUGAUCCUCCAGUCACCUCUGAGGUGUGUAACGGUGACUUAAAGACCAUGAAGGGACAACAUCUGAAAACCGGAGGUGAGAUCAAACUGGAGCCUCUGUCUGCGUCCCUAGUUCGCUCCGUGGCAGCCGUCGCCUCCCAAGCCUCCGUCGCCACAGUAACCGGCAGCGGAGACAACGACGACAACCUCCGUCCAGGGAAGUCCACGGCGGUCCCUUACAUCCCUGCCCAACAACAGGCGACCUGCAACACUAGCAGCCACCAGGAGAGGGCGUUGAGGUAUUUCUCCAUGACCCAGAGCGGGGACCCCGGCCACCCCGAGCCCGAUUUCAACGCCUCCCCUCUCCCCCCUGAGAGCCGGCAGAGAGUGGGGGCUCCUCUGGCUCCCACAUCCUCUGUCAGUCACAGGGAGGCGCUGGAGGAGGAGGAGGAGGUCAGGGGGAGACAGCAGGGAGGAGGAGCCAGAGAAGACGGCAGCGUUAAGGGAAAGCAGGACACCGGGCAGCAUCCCCAGCCUCACUCUUCAGACUCCUCUUUGUGGAGGGCAGAGUCAGAGCCCCUGCCCAGCCGGAGAGCCGCAGACAGAGGACACUCCCAGGAGAGCAGGGAGAGAGCGGAGGGGGGAGGAAGAGGAAGAGGAGGGUACCUGAGAGAGGCAGCUCACAGCUCCUCCACACAGGAGCAGGAGAGGAGCGGCGGCCGGAGCCAGCCAGGCAUCUCAGAUUUGCCCGAUCAUCCCGCUCCCCUGAAGCCACUGAUCGCUAAAGUCUCAUCCAGGGCAGUGUCUCACGUCUCAAGCAGCCAGCAGCAAACCCAGCCUCCAACUCUUCCUAAAACGUUCACGCAGCAACAGCCUCCUCCAACACCCCCCAAACCUGUGGUCACCAUCCAGUCGCAGCCCCCCCCAACGCUCCCCAAAACCAUCACUCAGUCCCCACAAACGCUCCCCAAAACCAUCACUCAGUCCCCACCAACGCUCCCCAAAACCAUCACUCAGUCCCCACCAACACUCCCCAAAACCAUCACUCAGUCCCCACCAACUCUCCCCAAAACCAUCACUCAGUCCCCACAAACGCAGCCCAAAACCAUCACUCAGUCCCCACAAACGCAGCCCAAAACCAUCACUCAGUCCCCACAAACGCAGCCCAAAACCAUCACUCAGUCCCCACAAACGCAGCCCAAAACCAUCACUCAGUCCCCACAAACGCAGCCCAAAACCAUCACUCAGUCCCCACAAACGCAGCCCAAACCUCCAGGAUUCGUCCAGCCUCUCCCCAAGCCUUACGCUCAGACAGCCACCAAACCCCAGGUGCCUCCUCAGAUGCCCCCCAAACCCCAGUCCUUCCCCCAGGCGCUGGUCAAGUCCCAGUCCCUCCCCCUGGACCACCGUGAGGACUUUGACAGGCUCAGCGACUACUCUGGAGAUCUGCUGUCCCCCACAGAGUCUGGAGAGCUGCUUUCUGAAAGCAUGUCCGCCAAACAGAUGUCCAUCAGGGAGAGAGUGGCACUGCUGAAGAAGAGUGGUGAAGAUGACUGGAGGAACAGGAUCAACAACAAGCAGGAAGUGGUUAAAGUGGCGACCACCGAGCAGCAGACUCAGCUGUGGGAGUCAGAGCAGACGAGCGAGAGGAAGGAGGAAGGGGUGGUCGUUCAAGAAUACUCCGCUGUGUCUGUGUCUGAGCAGCUGUGGGAACCUGUCUUCUCUUCCACCUUUUCUCCUACUAUAUCCCUCGGUCAAAAGUGUCAGUACAUUGACCAUCAUAGUCAGAAGGUGGGAGAGGACAUCGAGGCCAAGAUGUCCAUUGAGGAGAGAAAACAGAUGAUUUCUGUUCGAGAGGAUGCCUGGAAGACUAAGGGCAAAGGAGCAGCCAACGACUCCAUCCAGUACACCGUCGCCUCUCGAAUGGUCAAGAAAGGCCUGGCAGCCACGUCCUCAGUUAUCAGUCCCAUCCUGUCACCGGUCUCCACCAAACUCAAGAGCAGCGUGCCGGCUGUCAACAAACCACAAGAGGAAAUUGAGGCCAGACCAGACAUGGAAACGGAUAAGAAACUUGACAAGUUGGAGAGCUUCUUGGGACGCCUGAAUAGCAAAGUGGCCGGACUGCAGGAAACCACCAUCACAGUCACAGAGAUGGCAGUGAAGGAAGUGAUGAAGCUGGAUGACGAGAUCUUCUCCAAGUUCUACAGACGCGUCGCCGAAUUCCCACGCAUGCCCACUAGGAUCGAGAUCAGUGAGGACUUUGACGCCAUCUUUGGCUCUCAGGGUCCAAAGUUGACGUCGGCCAUGGUGCAGCACAAGCGCUCGGUGCGUCCGUCCAGGAACGUGCAGGCGUCCAGAAACCCAGUGAAGAUGCUGGCGGCCAGGAAGGACAUCAGACACGAGUACACGGAGCAGAGGCUGAACGUGGCUCAGCUGGAGAGCAAGAGGAUGAAGGCGGAGAAGAGCGAGCGUAAACGAGAAGCCGAAGUUAAUAAAUCCUCUGAGUACUCGGAGGCUGCUCUGGCGGGUUUGGCCAGUAAAGAAAACUUCAGCAGCGUGAGUCUGCGCAGCGUCAACAUCUCCGAGCAGAUGUCCAACAACAGCGCCGUGCCGUACAAGAACCUCAUGCUGAUGCAGCUCAAAGGUCGUCGUCACAUUCAGACCAGAUUAGUGGAGCCCAGAGCCUCAUCGCUGAACAGCGGCGACUGCUUCCUGUUGGUCACUCCAGAUCACUGCUUCGUCUGGAUCGGAGAGUUCUCAAACGUUAUCGAGAAGUCGAAGGCGAAAGAUAUGGCCACCUUCAUCCAGACGAAGAAGGACAUGGGCUGCAGGGCGGUCCAGGUGCUGACCAUCGAGGAAGCAGCCAACCCUCAGGCUGCAGAGGCCCAGCAGUUCUGGACCGUCCUCGGAGGACAGACCGCCUACCAACCGGCCGGUCCACCAGAGGAAGAUGAGCAGUUUGAGAAUGCCAUUGUAGAAACAAACUGCAUCUUCAGACUGCUGGACGACAAACUGGUUCCUGACGAUGAAGAGUGGGGGAAGGUCCCUCGCAGCUCUCUGCUGGCCGCCAAGGAGGUGUUGGUGUUUGACUUCGGCAGUGAGGUGUACGUGUGGCACGGUAAAGAGGUGACUCUGGCUCAGAGGAAGGUCGCCUUCCAGCUCGCCAAACACCUCUGGAACGGGACGUUUGACUACACCUGCUGCGACGUCAACCCGCUGGACCCCGGGGGCUGCAACACACUCAUACCCAGGAAGGGCCAGGGCCGUCCUGAUUGGGCGGUAUUCGGCCGGCUGACAGAGCACAACGAGACCAUCUUGUUCAAGGAGAAGUUUGUGGACUGGACUGAAGCAAAGUCGCCGACACCAAAGGAAGGAGGCGGAGAGAUCGUACCUGAGCAGAAGGAGGCCCAGGGGCGAGAGUGCCGGCCUUACGACGCCACCCUGAUGCUCCCCGUCCUCGAGACGUCCAUCUCCACCAUCGUAGACGGGACGAAUGUGGGACGCGGCCACGGCCCGGUGGAGACGGAGGACCACAUGAGGAUUCAGGAGAUCACCACGGCCUCUGUGGACGUCUGGCACAUCCUGGAGUUCGACUACAGCCGCCUGCCACGCCAGAGCAUCGGCCAGUUCCACGAGGGAGACGCCUACGUGGUGAAGUGGAAGUACAUGGUCAACACCUCAGUGGGUCGCCGGCAGAACCCGGAGGUGAGGAGCAGCGGGCCGGGGAAGGAGCGAUGCUGCUACUUCUUCUGGCAGGGCCAAAACUCCACCGUCAGCGAGAAAGGGACGUCGGCGCUGAUGACGGUGGAGCUGGACGAGGAGAGAGGAGCGCAGGUCCAGGUGCAGCAGGGGAAAGAGCCUCCAUGUUUCCUUCAGUGCUUCAACGGAGGGAUGAUCGUCCACGCUGGCAAGAGGGAGGAGGAGGAGGAGAACAAUCAGAGCGAUUGGCGUCUGUACUGCGUGCGGGGCGAGGUGCCGGUGGAGGGCCACCUGCUGGAGGUGGCGAGUCACUGCAGCUCUCUGCGCUCCAGAGCCUCCAUGAUCCUGCUCAACAUCAACAAGGCCAUCAUCUACCUGUGGCACGGCUGCAAGACGCAGCUGCACACCCGCAGCGUGGGGAGCACGGCCGCUCACAAGAUCAAAGAACAGUGUCCUCUGGAGGCGGGGCUUCACAGCAGCAGCAAGGUGACGAUCCAUGAGUGUGACGAGGGGGCGGAGCCUCAGGGCUUCUGGGAGGCUCUGAGGAGAAAAGACAGGAAGGCCUACGACUGCAUGCUGCAAGACCCGGGUAAAUUCAACUUCACCCCGAGGCUUUUCCAGCUGAGCAGCACAUCUGGAGAGUUUGUGGCGAAUGAGUUCUUCCACCUGUCCAGAGCUCCAGAGCUGGUCAGCUCCCUGCCCUUCCUGCAGGAAGACCUGUACAACGCUCCACAGCAACCUGCGCUGUUCCUGGUGGAUAACCUCCACGAGGUGUACCUGUGGCAGGGCUGGUGGCCGCAGGACAGCGAGAGCACCGGCUCGGCUCGUUUCCGUUGGGAUGCCGACAGAAAGUGCGCCAUGGAGACGGUGCUGCAGUACUGCAAAGAGAAGAACGAGAAGAAGCCUCAGAAGUCGUAUCUGAUCCACGCCGGACUGGAGCCGCUCACCUUCACCAACAUGUUCCCCAGCUGGGAGCACCGAGAGGAUGUGGCCGAGAUCACAGAGAGGGAGGCGGAGGUGUGUCACCAGAUCAUCCUGGUGGAGGACGUGUUGGCGCGGCUCUGUCAGAACACCUUCCCCCUCGCCCAGCUGCAGGCCCGGCCCCUCCCUGAAGGAGUGGACCCCCUCCGGCUGGAGAUAUACCUCUCGGACCAGGACUUUGAGAAGGCUUUGGAGAUGAAGAGAGAGGAAUAUGAAAGUUUACCAGGGUGGAAGCAAGUGAACAUAAAGAAGGCCAGAGGAUUAUUUUAAGAAAGUUUUUUAAAUCAAAGAUGGAAGCAGCGGAUAAAAACUGGCCCGUUGAGAUGGAGACGGAGACGGAGACACAGGAAAUGUCACAUGAACCUGUUUUGAUGGAAACACGAGAGGACAUUGGGAUGGAAAGUACCGGAAUCUGAAGAACACAAAGGCCGACACUCGCCUUGCUUAUAGUCAUGUUUCACCUUUAAACUUUGUCAUUACGUAACAGAAAUUCAUUUUAAGAGAAAGUGGAAAAAUAAACGUUGCUUCGGUUCAUGCACGGUGUUUUGGAGUCCCCUCCAAAGUCAGGAUUUAAGAAUGAAAAUGUGCACAUAGUACGCUUGGUGUCAGAGUGCCAUGCUGUGUAUGUAUGUGUGUGUGCGGCUGUAUAUAAUGUUUGUGUGUAAUGUGUGUUUGUGUACGUGUGUAAAAACAAAUCCCGUCACGUCAGAUGUUGUGGGUAAAGGUUGUUUUCUUUCUUUUCUGUCCGGAUGCUGUCUGACCACGUAGGAUCUCAAGUUGCUCCAUUGUGUUAAAACUGCUGAGUCGUGACCCACCGAGAUGUCAGAGUUGUAAUUUUAAAGGUUUGACGAGGAAGAGAAACAGCAGCUCUGAAUGUAUAGUGCCUUGCUUUUUGUGUACAGUUUAUAUACAGAAAUUCUAGUCUGCAUUUUUAAAGACUUUCUUUGUGAUAUAAGACAUAGUGAAUUAAAUCACAAUAAUGAUCAACUCGAAAA